AUGGCGUGGGAUCAUCUGGACAUCGAUAAGCCGCAUCUGGCGUACAUGAUCCUUGGCGGCUUCACGGGCCUGUUCAUGCUGUGCUCGCUAUUCGUCAAGGAGAAGCUUUACAUUGGUGAAGCUACUGUUGCCACGAUCUGUGGUAUUAUCUUCGGUCCGCACGCUGCGAAUCUCUUCAAUCCCCAUGAGUGGGGCAAUGUCGACAAGAUUACUCUCGAGUGUUCGCGCAUUGUACUGGUCGUGCAAUGUUUUGCCGUUGGCGUCGAGUUGCCCAAGGCUUAUAUGGAGCGUCACUGGAAGUCUGUUACGUUGUUGCUGAUCCCUGUGAUGACGUGUGGUUGGCUGAUUACCAGUUUAUUUAUUUGGUGGAUGGUACCUCCGCUGAACUGGUUGGAGAGUCUGGUAUGUGCUGCCUGUGUGACGGCCACUGAUCCUGUCUUGGCUUCGUCUGUGGUUGGUAAGGGAAAGUUUGCCAAGCGUGUGCCUAAGCAUUUGCGUGAUCUGUUGUCUGCUGAGUCUGGUUGCAACGAUGGCAUGGCUUUCCCUUUCAUUUAUCUUUCCUUUUAUAUUCUCCGAUACCGACCAAAUGCCGGAGAGGUUUCGCUGAACUGGUUCUGCAUCACAAUUCUCUACGAAUGCAUUUUCGGCGCCAUCUUCGGCUUUUCAAUUGGCUAUUUGGCCCGCCAUGCCAUCAAGCUCGCCGAACGAAGGGGUCUGAUCGAUCGAGAGAGUUUCCUAGUGUUCUACUUCGUUUUGGCUGUUUUCUGUGCCGGAUCCGGCAGUCUCCUGGGAAUGGACGAUCUACUGAUUGGAUUCUCAUGCGGUGUUGGCUUCAGUAACGACGGAUGGUUCACAGAGAAGACCGAAGAAUCGCACGUUUCCAACGUUAUCGAUCUUCUGCUCAACUUGGCAUACUUCGUUUACUUCGGGUCGAUCGUGCCGUGGGAGGACUUCAACUCUCCCGACCUGGGCCUGACGCCGUGGCGAUUGGUUGUGAUUGCGCUUUUGGUCAUUUUCUUCCGUCGCAUUCCGAUCAUGUUGCUGCUAAAACCUAUAAUACCGGACGUCAAAACAUGGCGUGAAGCCCUUUUCGCUGGUCACUUUGGUCCCAUCGGUGUCGGUGCCAUUUUUGCUGCAAUUCUGGCGCGAGCUGAAUUGGAAAAUGACGACACCCAGCCUUCACCGGAAGGUAGUCUACCUUUACCUGGUGAUGAAAACUACUACAUUAUUAGGCUUAUCUGGCCUAUUACGACCUUCCUGGUCAUCUCGUCCAUAUUGGUGCACGGAUCUUCAAUCGCUGUGUUCACCCUUGGCAAGCGCAUCAAUACCUUGACAGUCACCCUGUCUUACACUCAAGCCAACGAGGAGGGUCCUUCCUGGAUGAACCGUUUGCCCCGUGUCCAGUCCAUUGCCAAGGGCUCUAUGUCCUUCCGGAAGAAUGACUCACUGGAGGGCUCGUCCGAGGAGAAGCUGCCAGAGUAUCCUCCUGGUACCCUGCCGCCAAUUGGCAUGCCUGGUAACUUCCUUCGCCGUGUGCGCGACGACGACAGUGAACCCCAGAGCGUCCAAAACGAGCGUCAAAAGCCUGUGCGCAGAAGAAAGCGCCGUAAGCAUGACGGUGCAGGUGGUCCAAUCAGCCAGUCUGCUAUCAUGCCUGCAAGGCGCACUGAAAGUGAAAUCGAGGCCGAGGAAGACCAAAAGGAAUUGGAAGAGCGCGAUGCCGUCGAGCGUGGUACUUCGCCACCCAACGCUGAGCGCGACCGCUUCGGCCGCGAACCUGAAUUGGAGGUCUUCCAAGAGGGUCACCACAUGGUUAUCGAGGACGAAGAGGGCAAUGUUCUCAAGACUGAAAAUACUAGCCACUUGACUCCAGAAGAUCAGGCGCGUCAUAUCGAGGAACAGCGCAGGCGUCUGGAACAAGACAGGAGUGGGGAGCUGGCGGCUUCCCAGAGCCAGCCUCACAAGAAGGACGAAGGUGAGGAGAUCAAGGAGGCUCUCGAUAAGAAGGCCGGCCACCCCCUCGAAAAGACUCGCGGAAAGUGGACCAGCUGGAUGGGCCGUGGCGGAAAGGAGCAGAGCAAAGAAAAGCCCGUGGAGAAGCCGAAGGAAGAAAAGCCCAAGGCCGACUCUGCCAAGCCCAAGCACCGUUCUGCCCAUGCUUACCAGUUUGGUAACACUAUCAUCGUUGAGGACGAGGAUGGUGAGGUGCUGAAGAAAUACACCAUUCCUGGCGACAAGUCUCAUAGGCCUAAGCCCGUUCAACCCGAGACGGAAGCCGGACCAUCCCGACCUCCGCUCAAGCGUGGUAUCACUCGCAUGGGUACCUGGUUCGGCAUGGAAGAAGAUGGCAAGACCGCCCAGGCUGAGCAAAAGAAGCCUGCACCAAGAACCCAGACCGAGGACUGGGCCACGGAUGACGGCUUGCGAUUCACUCUGGCUCAGAGCCAGGAAGUUGAUUCUCAAGGCAUUGGCCACAAGGGUCGUCGCAUGAACAAGCACGAGUUCUUCCAGCAGCUCAGAGGCCUCGAUUCCAAAGCCCGUCGCGACAUGGUGCAGCAAAGCGAUGCCCCCGAGUCUGUGAAGGAGGCUGCUAUGGACGACGCCAACCAGGAGGAGAAGCAAGAGCGCCGGCUGUCUGCCGCUGCCGCCGCUGCCACCACCGGUGUCAUCCCCGAGGAGGCAGCCGAAGAGCUUGAGUCAGAGUCUAUGACUGAAAGCGAAGUCAGCGACGAUGAGACCGACGACGGCCGUGGUCCUGGCCCCAACGUCGCCUCCUCGCUGGCCAAGUUUACUCACGGUAGCUCCGCCCAAGAGCGCCGCAGCAACCUCAGCCCUGCACCUCGCACCCGAGACCGUGCUCGCCGUGACUCGGAAGACGAUGGCACUGAGCGUAUCCCUCCCUCUCGUCUCCGCAAAGCCGCCGGCCUCGCUGCUCCCCCACGCCAGAGAGACGACGCCACGGGCGAAACACCCGCCGAACGUCGCCGCCGUCUAGCAGCCCUGGGCCAAAUCCACAACGACGAUUCCGCAUCCGAUAGCGACAACGCCAUUGCCUCCGACAGCGACGAUGACGGCGAACCCCGCCAAGUCCCCAGCAAAAUCUCCUUCGCCGAAAACCUCAAGCCUGAACAAUCCAAUCAAAGCGGUGAUCAAUCAUCCCCAUCUGGCUCCGGCUCCGGCUCAGCUUCAGCUUCAGGCACAGGAUUCACUCCGGGCCACCGACCCCGCGUCUCCUGGGGCGGCGAAAAGGGUCGAGGCUCCUAA